AUGCUACCCGAUAGUGAGAUCCUUACAGCCAACGCGCGCUUCCAAGCACUGAUGGACCGAGUAGCCACACUUGAACAAAUAGUUCAGACGGUCACUCCCUUGCAAGCCAAAGUCACCGAACUCGAGGAGACUGUUCAGAAGUACCGUGAUAUGCUGGACUUCAUUCUUUCGAACGAAGAUUUCUUCACAAGCCUGACCGUCAACCUCAACCCUCGAUUACUCAGCCUCGAAUCCAACGUCCAGAAGAUGACGUCACAAUUACCACCCAUCACUCGCGCAGAACUAGGCAAACUAUUUUAUGAUCACAAGACCGAUGUCACCAACACAGUGAGUGCCAUCUUCCAAUCAACUACACCUCACUCCAGCAAUAGCUCCCCUUCGAGGCCAAAAGUAGCACCCCCCGCAGUCUUCUCCGGCAAGCGUGAAGAUUGGAAAGGGUUUCAGGCUCAGCUGGAACUCUUCUUCGUUGCAAACGAGACCCUCUAUCCGAACGACCACGACCGCAUUGUGCUGGCUAUCUCGCGCCUCGGUGAUACUGCAGCGUUCAAGUACAUGCAGAGAUACGUUCCGUCCUUCAAGUUGCCUGUCGAGGAGAGACCCGCAUGUAUUUCUAACCUGGAUCAGUUCUUUGCUCUUAUGAGUAAGAACUUUGGAGUCUCCAAUGCUCACGUCCUAGCAGAAACCCAACUCCGUCAACUUAGGAGGCAUCCAUGUUCGGCUCCACCAACCAUAGACUACAGUAUAAAAAUAUCUGUCAACACCUAUUAA